GCUGUUACUGCCACGCUUCCCCCAGGAUCUUCAAGCCGCUGAGGCAGGGCUGCUUGCGCAAGGUGUUUCAGCGGCACAUCUAUUUUGCACAUGGGACGGGAAAUGGUUAUUUCAUGUUCCUGUUUUUUGAUCAGCGUCAAGUCUUCCUUGUGAUUGAUGGUAAUCUUAAUCAUAAACACUUUCUUAUCAAAAGAUCUGAUGCAAAGGGAGAUUAACCUGUAGCAUGAGAUGGGCCCUGGUCCCUCACAUGCAUGGAGUCAAGAGCCCACCGUGCGUGGCCACACUGGAGAUGUCGGGGAACGAGGGCCGAGAGGACGAGGGGGACGGGGACUACGAGAGCCUGCCGCCUCAUGUCUCGUUGACGACCCACAUGACAGCGGGGGCCGUGGCGGGCGUGCUGGAGCACACGGUCAUGUACCCCGUGGACUCGGUCAAGACCAGGAUGCAGAGCCUGCAGCCAGAUCCCAAGGCCCAGUACAGUGGGGUCUACCAGGCCCUGAAGAGGAUCAUCCAGACUGAGGGGCUGUUCAGACCGCUGAGGGGGCUGAACAUCACCAUGCUCGGUGCCGGCCCCGCCCACGCCCUCUACUUCGCCUGUUACGAGCAGGCCAAGCACUCCCUGAGCCACACCUUCCAGAGCAAGGGCAACAGCCACUUGGCUAACGGUCUAGCAGGAAGCAUAGCAACUGUCCUCCACGACGCCAUCAUGAACCCUGCAGAAGUGGUGAAGCAGAGGAUGCAGAUGUACAACUCCCCGUACCGGGGCCUGUGGGACUGCGUGCGGACCAUGACGCGCGCCGAGGGCCCGGGGGCCUUCUACCGCAGCUACAGCACGCAGCUCACCAUGAACAUCCCCUUCCAGGCCGUGCACUUCAUCACCUACGAGCUGAUGCAGGAGCGGCUCAACCCCCAGCGCCAGUACAACCCGGGCAGCCACGUGGCGGCGGGCGCGCUGGCCGGCGCCGUGUCGGCCGCCAUCACCACGCCGCUGGACGUGUGCAAGACGCUGCUCAACACGCAGGAGAACACGGCGCUGGACUCCAUGCGCGUCAGCGGGCACCUGACGGGCAUGGCCAAUGCCUUCAGGACGGUGUACCGGCUGGGCGGUGCCGCGGCCUUCUUCAAAGGCGUGCAGGCCCGCGUCAUCUACCAGAUGCCGUCCACGGCCAUCGCCUGGUCGGUGUACGAGUUCUUCAAGUACUUCAUGACCCAGCAGCAGCUGGAGCGAGAGGCGUCCAAAGGCUCCCGCUAGCCGGAGGAAGCCGCCGCGAGGGAUGCCAAAGAACGGAGCGGGAGAAGCAGAGAGCGGCAAGCGUGACGGUGGGACGACGGGCGUGUCCGGUGUGACGGCGUGGAGCAACCUGAGUGACGGCGCCUUACCGGUUUUCCUGGGCCUUGUUGCAAAGGCCUUCCAGGAAAAGGAUUUGCAAUGUGACACUGCGUGGCACUACCUACUUCCUACACAACCUUCACUCUUUUUGUUUCUGUUCCCACCGAGCGCUCGUGAGUGGCCCUUCAGAGAGGAGCGUCAGGCGAGCAGGCAGCCAAGCGAGAGAGAAAGGCCUAUUCUUGUCUGUUUACCUCCUCCCUCCACAACGCUCACAGAAGUCACUUCUGCUCAUUGUGUGCAUUGAUUGUUUGCCUUCACUUGGGUGUUUAUAGUUCUAAUAUGGGAACUUUUUAUUUAUACUAUCAUUGCAUUCUUCUGGCGUUUGUAUUUAUGUGUGUGGAACAAACACAGGGCUCUCUGCUUGCAUUCCUUCUGAGUGUUUUAUAACAAACUGCUUUUGGGGCAUUAUUUUAUUCUCUGUUCCCAAAGGCUCUUACAGGGCAUGUCAACAUUUUAUGUCUUUACAAUAUUUCCUACUGGUUCCUGUAGCUGUCAUUUGAACAUGGAGAUAAACUCUUCUAUUGGGCCCCUCCUGAUGCCACACGUGUCAGAUCUCAUAAUGAGGGGUCAGAUAUUGUUAGCGGUGGUCCUCUUGUUGUCAGGAUUAUGAAUAGCUGAAAAUUAUAUUUUCGUCUUUCUGAGAGCACCGCACGCACUCUCUCAGUAUCAGAGCUGUAGACCGCAGCGGUCCUCAUAUCGCCUUGUUUUAGGUGCAGUACUGCAUUGUUCCAAUCACGCACAACGUGUGUGUGUG